AUGCCUACCCCGUCGCUGGACAUGGGCGAGUACAAUUCAGGUCAACGAUUGCUGGUACGCUACAGCCCUCGAGCCACCGGUGCCGAUGCAGACUCCGUCCCUGAGGCUGAUCUCGAGCUCGAGAUCAUCCACGCCUAUCAACCCUUCUCGCUCUCGGUCAUCUGCAAGGUCGUCAUCCACCCCAUCGCCCCGACGUCCUCUCUGCCUCCCGGGCUUCCCUCAACCUGCAUCAUGAAGCUCUUCGACCGGCGGUACGAGCACAAUACACGCAAUUACUACGGGGAGGCCGCACACCAGCGGUAUCUGGCGGAGACGACCCGGGAGAAGCCCAGGAGCAUCUGGAUCACUCGGCGUGCACGCAAGAGGGACGGGGAAUAUGAGGCGAAGAUCGAGGAGGGAUGCAGGAGGAUGAUGAGGAACGAGAUGCGAGCGUAUGAGGAGAUGCGCGAGCUGCAGGGGACGCACAUCCCCUCGCUAUACGGGACCAUCCGGUACACCUCACCGGUACCUCCUCCCUCCGAUACGGGCGAGCUUUCGGACUAUCGCUACACCGCACACGGUCGCAUCCUGGAGCACAUUCCAUCUUCUACGCUCCGUCGAUACCUCGAGGCAGCUAUGCGGAACGAACCGCCAUUAUACGACAACAUCCGACUUGUCUGCGACCAGGCAAUGGCGCUCGUGCAUCAGAUCGACGGACUCAACGUGCUCAAUCGGGAUGCGAGACUGGAGAAUGUAUUGGUGUCUGCAGUUUCCAAGGAUGACUCCAAGACCUUCUACUCUUCCCCCUUUCCGCUGCAACCUCACACCGCCUUUCGCUGCACUGCCAUCGACUUCGCCUGCACCCGACUCCGGUACCAUGACGAGACGGACGAGGAGUGGCGACGGGCCAAGGAGAAGCUGGAUGAGGAAGGGGCGAUCGGCUGCGUGAUACGUGUGACGUUGCGCAACGAGGGCAAGCUCAGGGAUGAUCCGGUGGAUGGGGAGAGGAUCUGGACCUACGUUCCAAGCAGGAGAUGGCAUCAGACACUCAGCAAGGAGGAGUACGAGGUCUACUGCGAAGACGACGAAUGGGGCCUGUAUGCGGGCAAGUUGGCUGAGGAGGACAGGAGUGUGGGUGGGGACGCUUCAGACGAGUCAGAUGAGAUGGAUGAGGGCGGCAGAGAGGGAGGCGAGACUUUAGAGGCUCGCACAAAGGCGUAG